AUGGCUAGUCAGCUUCCGAGAAGAAUCAUCAAAGAGACUCAGCGUCUUCUCGCUGAUCCGGUGCCCGGAAUUUCUGCCAAUCCAGAUGAGAGUAACGCUAGAUAUUUCCACGUCAUGAUAGCCGGUCCAGAUGAUUCUCCAUUCGCCGGCGGCGUCUUCAAACUUGAAUUAUUCUUGCCAGAGGAGUAUCCAAUGGCAGCGCCAAAAGUUCGCUUUAUGACGAAGAUUUACCAUCCAAACAUUGAUAAGCUUGGAAGAAUUUGUCUCGAUAUUCUCAAAGAUAAGUGGUCGCCAGCCCUCCAGAUUCGCACGGUUCUUUUAUCGAUUCAAGCUCUUCUCUCUGCUCCUAACCCAGAAGAUCCUCUUGCUACCGAUGUCGCCGAGCAGUGGAAAACGAACGAGGCCGAAGCAAUCAAGACCGCGAAACAGUGGACACUGUCUUAUGCCCAAGCCUAA